CACCACCAAGAUCUUUUCUAUAACCGUAGCUGCUCUCUCACAGUUUCAUCUCAGAGUUUUACUCUCACAAGACGACGACACCAUUUUCGAUCUGAUUAGUCUUUGUCUCUUUCCAUCUACAACAAGACACGCACACACUCAUCUAUUCCCUGUCUCUAUCUCUUAUCAAAAAAUAAUCAUACUAGUAUAUGAGUCGGUGGACCUCAAUAUCUGCUUUUACACUGCUCGAUUUCGCACAACUAACUUUCCCUAUUUCUCAUUCACACUUCUGAUUUCGAGACUUCUGCCAUUGAUUUUACAGUGGUUUGUGUAAGGAUUUAAGUGAGUGACCUCCUAUUGGUUAAUGAUCUGAGGAAGAGUUUUUUUGAAUGGCAAUGGUUAGUAAAACCAAAACUAUGCUGGAGGGUCUGGUUAAAGAGGGGUCGUUUAAAUGGUUGACCAAAACCCCGAGUUCAUUUGAUGAAGAUUUAGAUGAGAUGGGGUCUUCAUCCACUGGCAAGAGUUGGUUGCCAGAGCUAUCUCCUGCUGCAAAUGUAGUAAUCCGAAAAUGCUCAAAAAUCUUUGGUAUUCCCAUGAGUCAACUUCAAGAAAACUUUGAGGCUGAGGCUUCUGAAUCCAUAAAACAUAAAUCUCAGUAUGCAAGGAACUUCUUGGAAUACUGUUGCUUCAGGGCUCUUGCCUUGUCUAUACAAGUAAAUGGUUACCUAGGCGACAAACAGUUUCGACGCCUUACAUUUGACAUGAUGGUUGCAUGGGAGUUUCCAGCAGCUUCAAGUCAGCCUUUUGCAAGUAUGGAUGAAGAUGUCACUGCUGGUCUUGAGGCCUUUUCCCGUAUUGCUUCAGCAGUUCCUUUAAUUUCCAAUGCGAUAGUUACUGAUAGUAUUUUCGGUGUGCUUACGUCAUCAACAGGAGGUCGACUUCUAUUCUCAGUCUAUGACAAGUACCUGACCUGUUUGGAAAGGGCAAUUAAAAAAUUUAAGAACCAGUCUGAGUCAUCCCAUCUGUCUGCUUUACGUACAGCAAGAGGGGAGAAAAUUCUGGAGCUGGACGGGACUGUGACAACCCAGCCGGUGCUUGAACAUGUGGGAAUUUCCGCAUGGCCUGGUCGGCUAACUUUGACGGAUCAUGCUCUCUACUUUGAGGCACAUCGUGUUGUGUCUUAUGACAAGCCAAAGUUAUAUGAUCUGUCAGAUGAUCUGAACCAGAUUGUUAGACCUGAACUAACUGGACCAUGGGGCACAAGACUCUUUGAUAAAGCAGUCUCCUACAAAUCAGUUUCCUUGUCAGAACCUGUUAUAAUGGAAUUUCCUGAGCUUAAAGGACAUACACGCCGUGACUAUUGGUUAGCCAUUAUUCGGGAAGUUCUACAUGUGCAUCAGUUCAUUCUUAAAUUCCAGAUUACUGGAAUUGAGCGUGAUGAGGCACUUCUAAAAGCUAUAUUUGGCAUAUUGCGAGUACAAGCCCUGAAAGAUAUGAGCUCUAAACAUUCACUUUGCUAUGAGGAUCUUCUUAUGUUCAAUGUAUGUGAUCAGCUUCCCGGAGGAGACCUUAUACUAGAAACAAUUGCAAAUAGGUCAACUGUGAGGGCACUGGAGCGGACAAACUCUACCAAACCUAAAAACAGAAUGUACUCAAUUUCAGCUUCAGCCUUGGCUUCCAACCUGGGGUUAGUUUUUGGGACAAGUUCUCAUGUUCCUAAUGAGCCAGGAAUUGUUGUGGGUGAAAUUUCUGUGGGGGAGAUGACUCCCUUGGAAAAAGCAGUUAAGGAAUCCAGAAGCAACUAUAGAAAGGUGGUGCAAGCACAAGCUACGGUUGAUGGAGUGAAAGUUGAUGGUCUUGACACCAAUUUGGCAGUGAUGAAGGAGUUGCUCUCUCCUAUGAUGCAACUUGGGAAUUGGAUUCUUCUUCUGGCUUACUGGGAAGACCCUUUGAAGUCCAUGAUUUUCUGUCUGGUUUUCUCAUUCAUUAUUAUCAGGGGAUGGCUGUGCUAUGCCUUUGCACUAUUGCUAACUUUUUUUGCUGUCUUUUUGGUAAUAACUCGCUGCUUAAGUCAAGGCAAGACAGUUGAUGAACUAAAAGUAAUGGUUCCGCCUUCAAUGAAUGCCAUGGAGCAACUUUUGGCUGUUCAAAAUGUAAUAUCUCAAGCUGAAGAACUAAUCCAGGAUGGAAACAUCGUUCUUCUCAAAUUUCGCGCUUUACUUUUGUCCAUCUUCCCACAGGCCACCGAGAAGUUAGUGGGUGUUUUUUUGGUCUCGGCACUAGUUCUGGCAUUCUUACCUUUGAAAUACAUGAUCCUUAUGACUUUCCUGGAACUCUUCACAAGAUAUUCACCUAUUCGGAAAGCAAGCACAGAAAAAUGGUCUAGAAGACUAAGGGAAUGGUGGUUCAGUAUCCCUGCAGCUCCUGUAGUUCUUGAAAAAGCCAAAGAAGACAAAAAGAAGAGAUGAUGAAGAUCUUUGUACAUAAUCAAAGAUUUAUCAGCGAAGCAAUAUCCUAGUAUGUCCUGUGGUUGUAAAUUUGUAUUAUAUGAGAGAAGAUAAAGAUGUAACGUCAUUGGCCUUGGUGAGGUCUCCAUUAACGUUUGUUUUUAGUGUUGUAUCACUGUCUCUGGGUAUUGGAAACUUAUUAUGUGUUGUAUCCUAUUAAUCAUGGGUUAUAAGAUCGGAUUUCUUAUCAA